AACAUAAUAUCUCUUCAAUAACAUAACCGCAACUUUGUCGUGUUUAUUUUUUGAGUUGUUUCCAUUCGGAUUUCGUUACCUCUUGUCAUAUUUUUGGACUUAACAGUCAACACCAUGACUUCAACCAUCAACAUACGACUUGCAUCCAACAGGGUGAAUACGUCUCUAAUGACGGAAGAUAAAAUUCCAAGAUUAUUUACACCAGGGGAGGUGAUCACAUCACAACAAAAUUUUAUGAGGGGUCAUGGAACGUAUGGCGACGACGAUAACAUAAAAGCAUCGUUGGCUGGUUGCUUGGAACAGGUGAAUAAAUUGAUUUCCAUAAAGCCACUGAAGAGCCGGUAUGUGGGUGAAGUGGGUGACGUUGUUGUGGCUAGGAUAAUUGAUGUGCAACAAAAACGCUGGAAAGUAGACACCAACUCUCGCUUGGACUCGGUGUUGUUAUUGUCAUCAGUUAAUUUGCCAGGAGGUGAGCUGAGGAGACGAUCCGUUGAGGAUGAACACAUGAUGAGAAAAUAUUUACAAGAAGGUGAUCUGAUCUCAGCCGAAGUUCAGAGCAUAUACGAUGACGGUAGCGUCUCACUUCAUACACGAAGUUUGAAAUAUGGAAAAUUGUCACAAGGAAUCUUGGUCAAAGUAUUCCCAUCACUGGUCAAACGACGCAAAACCCAUUUUCACAAUUUAACCUGCGGAGCGUCGGUUAUUCUCGGUAACAACGGUUUCAUAUGGAUAUCACCGACCGUGAACAGUGAAGUGGAAGGCGAUGGUGGCUUUACACAGAAUUUGACCGAACCAGUUUCGCAAACGGAACGUCAGGUCAUUGUACGAUUGAGAAACUGCAUUUUGGCGCUGGCAAAUUGUAAAAUGAUGCUGUACGAUACGAGCAUAUUGUACGCCUACGAGGAGUCCAUGAAAUAUGAAGUGAAUGAAUUGUUACAUCAGGAGGCAAUUUUCGAUGUUGCUUUCUUAACGCAACAUCGUUUACGAUUACAUGAUGAAUGAGUGGAUAUGA